AUGGCCACCCCCAAUGUUCUUACCUUUGACGCUGAGGGGAGGGCCGUUGACUUUGCCGUCUGGAUUGAAGACCUGCAGCUGUACUUACUGUGUGAUGCGAUAGAUGAGGUCUCUCUCUUUGACUUUGUCUCUGGCGCUGUCCCUGCCCCACCUGCUGAUGCUGACUCUGCCGUUCGCUCCAAGUGGGCGACCCGCGAUGCUGCUGCACGUCUUGCUGUGCGUCGCCACCUCCCUUCCUCUGAGCGUGCCCACUUUAGUCAGUGCAAGACCGCUCAGGCCUUGUACGACGCUGUAGUUGCACGCUACUCCUCCCCUUCCUCCGCUACCCUUAGCCGCCUCAUGCUACCGUUUCUCUUCCCUGACCUCGCUUCCUUUCCCACUGUCGCUGACCUCGUUACCCACCUCCGUGCUAGUGACACCCGCUACCGCGCUGCCCUUCCUGCUGAGUUCCGCGCUGCGAACCCUCCUCCCAUGUACAUCACUCUCUACUUUCUCGUCACCCGUCUCCCUGAGUCCCUUCGUGUCGGGUGUGGUCCUUCCCCCCUGCUGCCCUCUGUCGCCUCUGCCGCUGCGGCCGACCUCACUGGUUUUGAGUCGGUCGGCGCGGCGUCUGCCCCCAGCGGCAGGCGCCGCGCUGGCAAGGGCAAGGGGGGCAAGGGAGCGGGUGGAGCUAGAGGGGGCGGUGGAGGAGGCGGUGGGGGUGGCGGGGGGAGUGGGGGUGGCGGUGGGGGUGGUGGUGGGAGUGGAGGUACUGGUGGCGGCGGUGGAGGCGGAGGUGGCGGCGGAGGUGGUAGCGGAGGAGGCGGUGGGAGCGGUGGGAGCGACGGUCCUGGUGGGGGAGGUGGAGGUGGAGACGGGGGUGGCGGUGGAGGCGGGGGUGGCAGUGGAGGCGGGGGUCGGAGUGGCUCGUCCCAGCGGAGCAGCUCCGAGGGUGGUCAGCGCCAGCAGCAGCAGCAGCAGCAGCCGCAGCAGCAGCCACAGCAGCAGCAGCGCUCUCGCACCGUCCCCGCCCCUCAGCAGCUCCGUGAGUGGUAG